AUGGCUGGUCUCCGCAUGAGCGUCGUCGUCUGCGCGACGGCUUUCCUCCUAGGCCUGCUCUUCACGCACUGGAUUGCGGACUCGAACACGCUCUGGAAGUCGCCCGAGACGCAGACCGAUGACCGCCUUUGGGCCGCUGCGACGUACUACGCCAUCCUGUCGCGCAUGCCUAUGUGGCUUGCGUAUGUCUAUGCUGCCGCUGCUGUAUUCGGUGGUACCACGAUCCUAUGGAGCCUCCGCGACGGCCGCGCCGGGAACUUGAUGUUUGAUGGGGGCAGCAUCUUCUUGUACGGCUCGGCGAUAUACAUAUACAUAGACUCGGUGCUUCCAAAUAUCCUCACGAACUUCACGUCACUCCCUCUUCCCUUCCCCUCACAGUCCUCACCCGAGUCCCCAUCAGUUGCGUCAUCACUGCCACCGUUUCCGCCAAGCUUGCGCACACCCACACUCGAGCUCGCUUCCUCCCACCUUGCAUGCAGCGUCGUACUUACCGGCGUGCUUGUGCUCCAGGCCGGUCGAUGGUGGGCUGAGCAAAAGGAUCUCGAUGUGGACGACGGGCUGCUCGCGGAUGACGAGGACGAGGGCCGGACACGGGAGAGCACUCCCAUACCGGCAGAGACUAAAAAGACGAAGUAG